AUGCAACAGCAGAACUCAAACUCCAAGCAACAGCAGAACACAAACUCCAAGCAACAGCAGAACACAAACUCAAAGCAAGAGCAGAACACAAACUCCAAGCAACAGCAGAACACAAACUCAAAGCAAGAGCAGAACAUAAACUCCAAGCAACAGCAGAACACAAACUCAAAGCAAGAGCAGAACACAAACUCCAAGCAACAGCAGAACACAAACUCAAAGCAAGAGCAGAACAUAAACUCCAAGCAACAGCAGAACACAAACUCAAAGCAAGAGCAGAACACAAACUCCAAGCAACAGCAGAACACAAACUCAAAGCAAGAGCAGAACAUAAACUCCAAGCAACAGCAGAACACAAACUCAAAGCAACAGCAGAACACAAACUCAAAGCAGGAGCAGAACACAAACUCCAAGCAACAGCAGAACACAAACUCAAAGCAAGAGCAGAACAUAAACUCCAAGAAACAGCAGAACACAGACUCAAAGCAUCAGAGGGACACAAACUCCAAGCAACAGCAGAACACAAACUCAAAACAACAGCAGGACACAGACUCCAAACAACAGCAGAACACAAACUCCAAGCAUCAGAAGGGCACAAACAGAACAAAAACUCCAAGCAACAGCAGAACACAUAUUCCAAGCAGCAGCAGAACACAAACUCCAAGCAACAGCAAGACACAAACUCAAAGCAGCAGCAGAACACAAACUCCAAGCAACAGCAAGACACAAACUCCAAGCAACAGCAAGACACAAACUCCAAACAACAGCAAGACACAAACAGAACAGAAACUACAAGCAACAGCUGGACACAAACUCAAAUUUUAUUGCAUUUCAUUAAAACAGAUAUUUUUACAAUACUUCUAUUAA